AGCAGAAGGAGGAUGCCGUUGCAGGGCCUGAAGGCACCUGGGAGGAGGAAGGGCAGAGCGCCGCCGCUUCCUGGAGGUGGGCGCUGCCCAAUUUGCGCGGAGUGAUCCAGGGCGAAUUCCGCAGAGGGGAAGGGAGCUGCUGAACAGGUCGCUGUCCCGACGUGCAGGAACUCGUCUGCCGGGUGACGCCGCCACCGCCCAGUGCAGCGCUCAGCUGGGGGUGCCUGCCCUGGGCUCUACGCAGGAGCGAGGCCCGGCGUGGCGGCGGGGUUCGCAACCGCUGUAGGGGCCGGCCUAGAGGCGGCGACUCCGGAGGAGCCAAGCCCGCGCCUUUUGCCUUCGACGGGGUCGGGGUCAGGGUCCAGAAUCAGGGUCCGGAAGGAAAUGGCCCAGCCGGUGCUCCACCGCUGCUCUCCCCAGCGAGCCCGUGCCUUCCAUCACCUCCCCGGGCGGAUUAUGGUCCAGCCUCCUCCCUUGGAUUGACUGCUGAGCCCCCACCGAAGCACCAGCUGGGCCAAUCUGCUCCAAUUCCCAGCUGGGCCUCCAGUGGACCAGAGGCUGUUUCCUGCCAAGACAUCCGGCUGUAAAUAAGGUCUGGAGUGUGUGGGGGGGAGUGAAGAGAUAGAUGGGGUGUGUGAGUGCCUUUUAAGCCCCGCAGCCUGUGACUGCUUCUUCCAUACUGAGUCCCCAAUUGAAAUCUCCUGUAGGGGGUGCAGCUGAGUGGCCCCGGCUCCACCCGUGCCUUCACUCGGCCUCGGUGGCUUGCUCCUCCUGCUUUGCUGAAGCUGCCAUUUCCUGGCAGGGCUGGGGCCACAGAGGGUUUCUUUCUCUUUCUUUACCAAUUGCUCAUCUCUGUUCUUGGAGCCCUCCUGAAAGGAGACACGCAGCAGGUUCGCUGGGGAGACCCCUCGAAGCACCCACGGGAAGCAGCAGAGGGCAGGAAGAUGCCUCUGGGGCUCCAUUUGGGUGCCUUGGUGCUGCUCCUGUUCCACACAGCCAGCCUUGUGGAGAGAGAGAUUGAAGAAAUCAGGGUGGAAAUCUCUUUGGGGAACGUGAGUCUCAACUGCCCAGGAGAGAAAUCCCAGUGGUGGGAGGCCAAUUCCAGUCCAAGAAACAGCAGCACCCUGGUCUUCUCCGACUCAGACCAUCUGUUUGAGAUUGAAAGGGGAAAAGAACUUUUCUGUGGACAAAAGAGUCAGAAUGGCAAAUCGUGGAAGAUUUUUCUGAAGAUCAAAGGGUGCAAGGACUGUGUGGAGCUGAGCUUUGGCCUCGGGGCCAGCAUCAUCGUGGCUGACCUCCUGUUCACCUUGGGAGUCCUGCUCCUGGUCUAUUUCUGCAGCAAGAAGCAGCAGGCCCUCUUCAGGACAGGUGCCCCACGACGACGGCUACAAGGACAGCAAGCAGACCACCCCCCGCCUGUCCCAAAUCCAGAUUAUGAGCCGAUCCGGAAGGGCCAACGGGAGGUGUAUGCUGGCCUGGAGCCUCAGGCUUUCUGAGAUGCAACCUUGCUUGCCAUGGCAAGAUGCCAGAUGCUCCGGGUGGCAAUGAGAGUCCCCAGAAGUGCCUGCCACUUCCUUCUCCUGCUUGCACUAAUCGCUGACCUUCCUGGUGGGGGUACUCCCUGUUUGCACUGAGUUUUGCAGCUAGAAAAUCUGGUGGCCUGGAGAGCCCCACCCCGGAUGGAACAAAGAGCUGCGGGAUGCCCAGGGGGCUUCUCAGACUGCAGGACACCAAAGGGCACCAUAGAAGCCUCUUCCCUCAUGUGGGGUCACUCAGCCACAGCACUGCUGCUCUGAGUGCAUGCAAACCCCAUGGCUCAUGUCCCAUUCCCUGGGCAGGAUGUGCUGCUCUGGCUGGGGGUGCCCAGGGACCACUUGUGGCCAGGCCUCCCUUAGAGCGCCUGAGGUGGCAUGUCUGGUUGGUCGAUUUGUGCUUCAGGAGCCCUGAGCCCACUUGCUCUGGCAGAGAAUCCCAUUGUGAAAAGGCCUGCUUUUACAUUUGUUUUGAUUGUGCUCGCAAAGAAUCCUAGUAAAGCUCUGUUCCAUUCACC